UGCAAGACAGAACGAGAAAGCAAACACUUCAGUAGCAGAAACUCUUCUGGGCGAAUGGGGCAGUCCGAUGGUGAAUCCACAGCGAUCUUCUCAGAAACUGCUGCACUCACUAGAGCGGAAGACUGUACUGAAGGAAGCGCUUGCGGCUUCUACACCGAAGAGUCGUCCACCGCUGAAGGAGCUGACUCGAAUUUCAACGAACAAAAGAAAACGUUCCUCGAGUUCAACAGUGGAAAAUGA